UGGAAACAUCAUGGCGGCUGUGGCUGUUGAACGUCCUCCGUCACCUUCCUCCCCUGCCUCGGGAGUUGGGGAUGGGACGUCAAGAGAGGGUUCCAUCCUAUCCUCUACCUCAGCCAGGUCUGUCUCCAGCGCUGCUUUCACCGCCCCAAGUCCUGACCUUCAUCUUGGUGACUGGUAUACAGAUCAGAUUGAGGAGAAGAUUCGUACCCUGAAGCUGUCUGGGCAUGUUGGGUUUGAUUCUCUCCCUGAUCAGCUGGUGGCUAAGUCAACCCAAAAUGGAUUCACUUUCAACAUUCUCUGUAUUGGUGAGACUGGUAUGGGAAAGUCCACACUUAUGGACACACUUUUCAACACAAGUUUUGAAUCUAAUCCAGCACCACACACCCUCCCAGCUGUCAAGCUCAAGUCUCACACUUAUGAGCUUCAGGAGUCUAAUGUCAGGCUCAAGCUGACUAUUGUUGACACUGUAGGUUAUGGAGACCAGAUUAACAAAGGUGAUAGCUUCACAGCAAUUGUUGACUAUAUUGACAAGCAGUUUGAUGACUAUCUGCAGGAAGAACUGAAGAUUAAGCGUAGCCUUUCUGCCUAUCAUGAUUCCAGAAUCCAUGCCUGCCUUUACUUCAUCUGCCCCACUGGCCAUGGACUCAAGAGUAUUGACCUGGUUUGCAUGAAGAAACUGGACUCAAAAGUAAAUGUGAUACCUGUCAUUGCCAAAGCUGAUACUAUCUCAAAGUCAGAGCUGACAAAGUUCAAGCAGCGCAUUAUACAGGAGAUAAAGGCCAAUAAUAUCCAGAUUUACCAGUUUCCCACUGAUGAUGAUACCAUGGUCAAGAUCAACACUGAGAUGAACAACCAGAUUCCAUUUGCAGUUGUUGGAAGCACUGACUUUGUGAGAGUAGGUAACAAGAUGUUGAGAGCCCGUCAGUAUCCUUGGGGCACUGUGCAGGUUGAAAAUGAAAGUCACUGUGACUUUACCAAGCUUAGAGAGAUGUUGAUUCGAACCAAUAUGGAGGAUAUGCGAGAGGUAACACAUCAGCGUCAUUAUGAGCUGUACCGGAAGAAGAUCCUUGAAACGAUGGGCUUCUCUGAUGUGGGUCAAGAUAACCAACCUGUAAGCUUCCAGCAAACAUUUGAGCAAAAACGUGUUGAGCAUCGUGAUGAGCUGCAACGCAAGGAAGAUGAGAUGAGGCAAACAUUUGUCUUGCGAGUUAAAGAAAAGGAGACUGAACUUAAAGAAGUAGAGAAGGAGCUUUACACAAAAUAUGACACACUGAAGAGAGAACAUGCAGAAGAGAAGAAAAGGUUUGAGGAUCUCAAGAAACGGCUUGACGAAGAAAAAGCAGAGUUCCAGAAGCGUAAACACCAAGUAUCCACUCAACAGCUCACUUCUCACACCCUCACACUGGGCAAAAGUAAGAAGAAGUAAAGUUGGAUAAUUAAAAAUGGUACUGGAUUUUACUGAAUUGAGACAAAGAAGAAAAUGAGACAAACCUUCAAAAAAAAAUAAAAAAUAAAAUAAAAUAAAAUUAUGAAGAUUAUUAAAUGUGUGAAAAGUUGAACCACGUUUAAGGAAAAAGAUGAUAAUUAGAAAAUUUUAUUAACUAUAUAAUAUACACUAUAAAAGUACUCCAGAAUAAAUGAAAACUAUACAGGUAUUCUAUAUUGAGAGACUGAAAAAGUGUUAAGAAAAUUACAAAUAACCAAACUGGUCUUCUUGUGAUUGUGUUUUACAAUAAAGUACUGGUAGUUUAGUAGAAUGACCAGUAUACUAUUGUCUACUGGAUCUUUUCUAUGUUUUAUUUGUGUCAAGCCUUUAAAAUCUUAGUGCUCAUUAUUACCCAGACAUAAAGUGUUUAGUACUAGUUUUUCAGUUGAUACACAAGAUUGUUUUAAUUUUAUUUAUAAGUAUAUUUCAUUAAUAAUUUCAAAUACAGUAUAUACAGUACAGCAAAUGUCAAAUCAGCUAGUGAGAUAAUACCUUCCUAUUAGGAUAUUCUAAUGUAAAGAAUGUAUAUAGAUAUUAGAUGGUAAAGAAGUAAACUACUGUAUUAAGUAUUCUUCCAUAAAGAUCAACACUAAAAUGAAAAUUAUACUUGUGUUAGACAAAACAUGCUGCUCUCUGAUGUGUUGAUAAGAUGUAUUUUUUGUGCCACUUUAAUAUGAUAUAUGUGAAGAAACAUACAGAUAUCUUACCUAUUAAUUACUUAAGAGUAAAGUAUUUAGGCAGUACUAUAGUGUACUGUAAGAGUGGGUAUACUAUAUUGUACUUUGAACAGAUGCCACAACUUUGAAAAAUCAGUUUUAUUCACAUUUAUUUUUAUUUUAAGGCACCCUAUUAAAUUGUUCUUGCAUUUGAUUAUUUGAUGACUUUACAGACCAUGAAAUAAUAUAUUAAUUUUGGCACAGUUGAUUUUAAAACUGCAUUUAUUUUUUCCUGAUUCCAUUACCAUUCACCAAUGAAGCUUCUUAAGGGAAUCCAAAUGCAGUUGAGACAUUGAAUCUCUCUGUUCAGAUUAUAGCAGAUGGUAUUAAAUCUGACAGAUUUAUAAACAGACCUAAUACCUACAAAUAUGGUACAGUACUGCACUCAGUUUUACUGUGUCAGUUUCUCUCUCAAAAAAAGGGAAAAAAUACAUAUUUUGUUUGAUAGUGGAGUUUUAAAGCUGUGUUAUGUUCUCAGAUUUAUACUUUACUGAUAACUGAUGACACGUAUUUCAUCAAUUUAUUUUAAGGGAAGGUAUUUUUUAAGUGUACUGAAAUGCAAGGAUGUCUUAAAAUCUAGCAGUAAAUGGAAAAUUAGAUCAGAAGACAAAAUGUGUAGUGGAUUUUUUUCUUUUAAUCUUCAUAAGUUAACUGUGUUUACCAAGGCACAAAUUCAUUUCUUUUCAUUUUCACAGAUGAAAUUUAUUGUAGCUCAAAUAUAUACAGUAGAUCAUGAAAUAUGUGUACCACCCUUCCUGGAAUGUAGGAAAUUAUGCCAUGAUAUAGAUGGAAGAUUCUGUAUUACACAAUACUUCCUUUAGGUGACUUAAAGUAAGUAAGAUGGAAAGUGAGACUACUGUGUUCAGAAAUUAGGAUAAUAUGUUGUGGCCAGCUAUACCAAAGCUUCUUGUAUUGUUCUUGUUUAUUCAGUGCUUUAGUAGUCAUGAACUGAAGGUUUGUUUUCUAGUAUUAGCUUAUUUGGUCAGUCUUGUCCUGAAAUAAAAUUAUUUUUGUGAAUUUUUCAGAGUUAGUUUUGUUGUUGACUAGAUUCUGAAAUUCCUUUUACAAUAAAAAUUAUAUAUAAUUAAUAAGGAUAUAAAGUUUCAUAGUGUCACUGAUGAAGUGCAGGUGAUACUGUACACUCUUUGUUUGCUACACCUUGAUUCUAAAGUACAGUAGUAUUUUAUUAAUGUAAAAAUUUACAACCACGGUUUCGUACUUAACACUUCCACAGGAAAUGUAUGAGAAUAUCAUUCCAUUUUUAGUCAUUUUCGUCCGGGUUCUAGCAGAUUUUGUUUACCAUAAUUGAGGAUAUUAUUCAUCAUGGUCAAGGCUACUAUAGUACUCUAUCUUAGUUUUUGAAGAGCUUGUAAGAAUAUUAAUAUUCUUGGAUUCUACCAAACUCUUUCUAGUCUAAGAUUAACUAUUUUGUAUGCAUGUCAUAAUAUUAAAAUUUCUAGAUACCUGUACUGCCUUCCAUUCCUGUCAUUAAUAGUUUUUGUAUGAAGUUUAAAUAUAUCUAAAAAUUGAA